AACGUUACCCGAAUUUCUAAAGUUCUAAUCAUAAUUAUCGUUCGCUCACCUCUCUUUCUAUCUGUUUGGUCAGUCGCCUCCCAAAGUCUCCCCUUCCUCUCACUCCCUCUUCUUAACCUUCCAGAGACAUCAAAUCCUUCAAUAAUGGCGACAGAUCUAGAAAAGAAAGCCAAAGAAGCUUUCAUCGAUGACCACUUCGAAUUAGCUGUCGAACUCUACUCACAAGCCAUUGAUUUAAACCCUAAUAUCGCUGAACUUUAUGCCGACCGCGCUCAAGCCAACAUUAAACUUUCUAAUUUCACUGAGGCAGUUGCUGAUGCCAACAAAGCCAUCCAACUGGACCAGUCAAUGGCCAAGGCAUACCUUCGUAAAGGUAUUGCUUGUUUGAAGCUUGAGGAGUACCAAACUGCAAAAACAGCUUUCCUCGCAGGGGCUGCUUUGGCUCCUGAAGACUCCAGAUUUAAAAAUUUUAUCAAGGAAUGUGAUGAGCGUAUUGCAGAGGAAGACGCAACUUUUUCAAAGCCUACAGGCACUGCUGUACCUGGAGGAUCAGAACCAGAUACUAUUGCUGCACCGGCAACCAGUGUUCCUGCUACCAUUGGUCUUGAUAGUCCAGCUAAUGUUGUUCCAGUACCAAAACCUAAGUUCAGGCAUGAAUUCUAUCAGAAGCCCGAGGAAGUAGUUGUAACUGUUUUUGCGAAGGGUAUAGCAGCCAAAAAUGUUGAUGUUAAAUAUGGUGAACAAAUUCUCAGUGUUACCAUUGAUCUUCCGGGGGAAGAACCAUACCAUCUUGAGCCUCGCUUAUUUGGGAAGAUAAUACCUGCCAAAUGUAAAUACGAGGUCUUGUCUACUAAAAUUGAAAUUCGUCUUGCAAAAGCUGAAGCAAUACAUUGGGCUUCACUAGAAUACACCAAGGAUGCUGUAGUUCCUCAGAAGAUAAAUGCAUCAUCUCCAUCAGAUAGACCAACUUACCCGUCGUCUAAACUCAAGGGAGUUGAUUGGGACAAAUUGGAAGCCGAGGUGAAGAAAGAGGAAAAAGAUGAAAAACUGGAUGGUGAUGCUGCUCUGAACAAGUUUUUCCAGGACAUAUAUCGAGAUGCUGAUGAAGACACAAGAAGGGCGAUGCAGAAAUCCUUUGUGGAGUCGAAUGGAACUGUGCUGUCAACCAACUGGAAAGAAGUGGGUGCAAAAAAGGUCGAAGGAACCCCUCCCGAUGGCAUGGAGAUGAAGAAAUGGGAAUACUAAUUUUUUCUGCCUUUCUAUUAAAAUUCUGUGCAUUGUUUUUGGUCUAGUAAUGUUUGGUGUGGUUUUUAUUUUUGGAUGUGAGUACUAAAAACUUUUUGUUUGGUUCCAAAUCGUACUCUAUUUUUCUGUUUUGUUGUCUCAAUUAGAAGCUCUUGAGCAUCAAAACCUUAUUUAUUCCAAUUUCCAAGUAUUUCAUUUUCUACAAUAUUUCUUCAGUACAGAUUUGUGGUCGUAUUGUUGUCUCUUGUUCUUAUUCAUACACUGAAGAUGUCUAUGUUAAUUGUUACGUGUAAUUUACCAGUUUUAUAAAGCAA